GACGUAGUUGCUUGUAUUUUUAGUUACUCGUGCAUUGCGCAUGCGCCGUAUUGUCCUCUCACCACAGCGCGACACUCGUUGGUGCAGACGGCGGAUUGUUGACGUCUUUCUGUACACGACAUGGCGCACAGGCCAGAUCAAAUUGAAGCGUGGGCACAAGAGGAAGGCCUUGACCCUCGGACUGUUGAGAUCCUCAAGGACGAGGGUUUCACCUCAUUGUCCCUACUGCGCAUGCUCACGGCCCAUGACAUUGAAGUAACCUUUCAAGUGCCCCGCAGGUUGUCCUUGGCGCAAUGUCUUGUCCUCAAGAGAGCCCUUGCCCUUCUGCCGACUAGCACUGACCAUGUGGAUGCUCAGGUCAAGUCUUGGGCCAACAAGGAGGGGAUAAGCAACUGGACACUCACCGUGUUGGAAAGAAAGGGACUGACAUCACUAAAGAAACUGCUUUUGCUCAAAUCAGAAGAAGUAAAUGAAUUCUUCAAUACUGGAGUCUUGUCCGGAAUAGAGCUGUUAGCUUUUAAGAGGGCCAUUGAGGUACUUCAGAACAGCCAGAUUUGUUCUAAGAUGAUCCAAGAGACCAAGAGAGAGAACUUACAGACAACUGCAGAUAAAACAGGGACAAAAGGAACGAACUCCGUAACAACGGGAGAGAAAAAUCAGCAGCAGGUGUCGAAGUUGUCGGGACAAGCGAGUGUUCCCUCCUCUGACACAGGGCAGUUAAAAACAGUCAGGGGGUCGGUAGCUUCUGAUGACGGUAAAAACGAGAGUGGGUCUGGAAGCAUGCUGAGCAGACUAUUCAGUGGCAGAACAGAAAAUCUUCGCCUGGUGCUUGUGGGCAAGUCUGGAAGCGGGAUAAGUUCCACAGGAAACACUAUUCUGGGGACCAACAAGUUCAAAGUUGGAAAUGGGGUCAAAAGUGUCACUAAAGUCUGCGAGUUUAAAUCCGUGAAACAGAGAUCGUUGACCAUCGAGGUCAUGGACACCCCGGGACUGUUCGGUGACCUGUCAAACGAAGACGUCGCCAAGGACAUCGUGGGUCACGUGCGCGAGAUGAGGCCGGACGCCGUGCUGUAUGUCGUCAGGUAUGGCCGCUACACGGAGGAGGACUUCACGACCUUCAGGGAGCUCAAGACCAUGCUGGGCCCGGAUCUCCUCAGUCACGUGAUCAUCGUCUUCACGGAAGGUGACGAGCUGAAGAAAAGCAUGGGAAGUGUUCAGACCCUCAUCAGCAGCGCCAAGGACCUGCUGGGCAGAGUAUUAGAAGAAUGUGGACGUCGUGGAGUUGCUAUUGACAACCAUGCCAAACAAAGAAAACCCGAAUGCGAAUCACUCAUACUGGAGGUCCGUAAACUGACCCGAGAUAAUGAAGGGCGUCGUCUGACUGUAUAGAAACCUACCUGAGCAUGUCUCGUGUACUUUUUUUAUCAUCCUGUCAAGUACGAAACUUUGAACCUUAUUUGACCUACGUGUUCUUCACUUGUGGAGAAGGUGGAAUGGGGUGAGGAGGGUAGAGGAGACAGGAAUGAAGGCCUUUGACAUUCAUACAUAGGUCUUCGAUAUGAUAUGAGUGCUUUUCGACAUUUACCCCCAAACUGGUUUUACAAGCAUAUUCAUCGUGAGCAGUAUCACAUCGAAAAUAAAUACAUACACAAGGCAACAUACCGAUCAUUCUUCAAGAUAGACAAGUAAACACAUUGUGUCGUUGAAACAUACAAGCAUGCACAUGCUAUUAUUAAUACAAACAACAUUGUGUCAUCAAUAUAUACAAGUAUACACAUUAUAUCAUUGUUCAAGAAAUAUUUGUAUCUAAAGGAAAAUAAAUGGAGAUAUCUUAAACAUA